CUCCAGGAGGAGCAGCGUGCUCAGCGGCGCUCGCACCCCUCCGCAGCCGCAGGUGCCCGCCCGCCCAGUGUUGGUUGCCGCUUCUGCGCCCGGGCAGCUAAGGCUUCCAGACCUCUUUUGAAUGAAGAUGGAUAUUUCUGCCAGGAUCAUGUAACUGGAGGAUCCAGGUCUAGGCAGACGACCAUGGGCGCCAACACUUCAAGCAAACCCCCAGUGUUUGAUGAAAAUGAGGAUGUCAACUUUGACCACUUUGAAAUUUUACGAGCCAUUGGGAAAGGCAGUUUUGGGAAGGUCUGCAUUGUGCAGAAGAAUGAUACCAAGAAGAUGUAUGCGAUGAAAUACAUGAACAAACAAAAAUGUGUCGAGCGCAAUGAAGUGAGAAACGUCUUCAAGGAACUCCAGAUCAUGCAAGGGCUGGAGCAUCCUUUCUUGGUUAAUUUGUGGUACUCCUUCCAAGACGAGGAAGACAUGUUCAUGGUAGUGGACCUCCUGCUGGGCGGGGACCUGCGUUAUCACCUGCAGCAGAACGUCCGCUUCCAGGAAGGCACUGUGAAGCUCUUCAUCUGUGAGCUGGCCAUGGCCCUGGACUACCUGCAGAGCCAGUGCAUCAUCCACAGGGAUAUGAAACCUGACAAUAUUUUGCUUGAUGAACAUGGGCAUGUGCACAUCACAGACUUCAACAUCGCUGCGAUGCUGCCCAAGGAGAGGCGGAUCACCACCAUGGCUGGCACCAAGCCUUACAUGGCACCUGAGAUGUUCAACUCCAGAGGAGAAGCAGGCUAUUCCUUCGCUGUUGACUGGUGGUCCCUGGGAGUGACAGCGUAUGAGCUGCUGAGAGGCCGGAGACCAUAUCAUAUUCGCUCCAGUACCUCCAGCAAGGAAAUCGCACAUAUGUUUGAGACAGCUAUUGUGACUUACCCUUCUGCCUGGUCACAGGAAAUGGUGUCACUUCUUAAAAAGCUACUUGAACCUAAUCCAGAUCAACGGUUUUCCCACUUGUCCGACCUUCAGAGUUUCCCAUAUAUGAAUGACACGAACUGGGAUGCGGUUCUGCAGAAGAGGCUCCCUCCAGGUUUCACUCCCAAUAAAGGCAGGCUGAAUUGUGACCCCACCUUUGAACUCGAGGAAAUGAUUUUGGAGUCCAAACCUCUUCACAAGAAAAAGAAGCGUCUGGCAAAGAAGGAGAAGGAGAUGAGGAAAUGCGAUUCCUCUGAGACAUGCCUUCUUCAAGAGCACCUUGAAUCUGUCCAAAAGGAGUUCAUAAUUUUUAACAGAGAAAAAGUGAAAAGGAACUUUAAUACAAGACAAGCACCUCUAGCCUCGGAACAAACCAAAGACCCACAAGAAGAGGAUGGCCAGAAUAACAACCUGUGAAAGCCUCAACAUCUUCUUCUUGGGACAUUUCCUGGCACCUCAAACCAGGAACUGCGAUUUCCACGUCAGGAAGAGCUGACAGUAGUUCUCGCCUCUCCACACCUCACACACCUUAGAAAAUAUGAGUGCACACCUUUGGAAGGGGGCGGCAUGACACAGUGGAGAGUCCCCUGGGCUCCUGGGAGCUGGUUGCAUCACUAAUUAACCACGUGACCUUGAGCAAGUCACUUAACCGCUUUCUCUGCUUUGAUUUAUUCAUCUAAAACGAGAGAGUUAUACUAGAUGAGCUCUACUCUGCCUUUUGACUGCUACCAUUCUGUUAUCCUAAAGAGCCUUGGUUUUUAUUUCAAAAGGAAUAUUUGGAUGUGGAUUUAUUUUUCCACUCCUUCAUGACACUGUGACAAAUAGACAAGUGGACAUCGGUGGGUGAUUGAGUGAGAUUUUGGGGGGUGGUGAUUGAGCCACGACACUUCAUAGAGAGAUCAGGAUCCCCAAGCCCAACUGAACAGGGAUAAGGAAUUCGGUCAGGAGGAAAUGAAUGAGACCAGAUUAGAAGUAGCAUAGACUGACGACCUUCCAGUGGUAUGCUGGAGUCUGCACGCCAUAUCCUAUUGUCCCAGCUAGCGAGAGCCUGCUAUGCACAGCUGUCCCAAUGUCCUGUACAGUGAUGUGAAGUUGGGAAGUUGAAAUGGUAGUGAUGGGAGAAUUUACACCAUGGAAAUUGGCAAAUGCUACAAAUCAGGGCUUUCCCCCCUUCCCCACAAGCCAGCUGUUAAAUAUUUACUAGCACGCCACUUGCCUUCUUAAUGUUUCUUAAGAGCUAAUUGUCUUCCUAAAAUUAGCAGAGACCUGUGUCUGGACAGGAUCAGAAAAGAAUACUGUCACAUUAAAAGCAUGUCCAUCUUGUAUAAUGGAGUUUUAAACAGGAGUUAUUGUCUAAGAUAGAAUGUGAGGCGAAUUUGGAUAGUAAAAUGUACCCUUGAAAAUCCCUUAAAUUACCCAUAACAUAUGCUGGGGAUCUUAGUGGAUCCCAGUACAGUGAGCCAUCCUUCUACAAUGAAACAAGGUUGCUGUUUUUGGUUCAUCUUGAUUUUGUUUUUACUUUUAUUUUUGGUCUAAUUUUUGGCUAGUUAUCAGAUGAACCAAAAUGCUGUACAAAUUAUACAUGCCUUUACAGACUAGAAUUACAUCAGAACCUUGGGAUGCUCACGUCUGAGAGGCCUAAGGUCACAGAGAUGAAAGGAAAAGCAGUAUCAUGUUUUACCACCUGUGUUCACUGCAAGAAUGGUGGGCAGAAUUGCCUCAUUGUUAAAAUAUUAUCGAUGUCUGACUCUUUAUUUACUUAUUUGCCAAACACAAAGUUUAAUUCA